AUGCGAAUUGGACAUGUCUGUGAACUAACAGAAACACACAAAAACGCUAUCCGUGCAAUUAGAAAGAUAAAAUAUUUUGUUGCAAGAAAAAAAUUUCAACAAGCGAGAAAGCCUUAUGAUGUUCGUGAUGUUUUAGAACAAUAUUCUCAAGGACAUUUAAACAUGAUGGUUAGAAUUAAAGAAUUGCAAAGAAGGUAG